CACCAGGCGAGGCGUCGUCAUGCCUUCGCCGAAAAGAAGCGACGGGGCUUAUUGAUUGGGGCUGAAAUCUCCGCGCUGCCAAAUGUGUUAAAAACCCCACAAAAACACAUUAACCCGCCCAGCGACCCUGAGUCUGUGAUACUGAUAUAAACCUGCAGGCGGACGGCGGCGAGCUGGCGCAGGUUGCAGGGUGCCGGUGGACCAUGAGAGACAGCGGGGCAAGCCUGGCUCAUAACCGCUGGCAGGGUGAGCUCGCCCUGACUGUGAGCCAGGAGGGCACUCAUGGAGGAAUGGGACGAGGGCAUCUCUUGAGCCCUGACUCCCCUCACAAUGCCCAAAGCUCCAUGCACUUAAAACUCAACCAGAAAGAGAGGGUCUGGAGUGGAGAAUACAUUGAUCCCGAGGAGAUAGAUGAUGACGAGGUGGAGGAAGAGGACGAGGAACUUGAAGAUGAUCAGAUGGAAGAAGGGGAGGAAGUUAAUUCAGAAUGUGCACCGCUGGAGGAGGAGGAUGGAUUAGAGGACUGGCACAUCCCUCCUGAGUCUUCGUCAUCGUCACAACUGUUCCAGAACCUGUCACCUGAAGAUAAAGAGCCAGGCAGGCUCGAAGCCAGGGACUUUCCUGAGAGCUCCCUGCAGGCUCGUCUCCGGGGGCUCAGGCAGCAGAGGCUGAGGCGAUGGAAAAGGCUUCGUUCCUGCAUGGGCCUGCGCUUCCGCCUCGCUCACAACUGGAAGACAUGGAGGCAACGUGCACAGUGGGUGGGCACGCUGGGGCACAGGCGGGCAAGGCGGUGGCGCCAAUAUAGUCUUUUUGCAAGCAGGCAGAGACUGGACCCCUGCCUAAACAGCUCAAGAUUAGCAGUGCAGAAUGCCAAUAGAAUUGAUACAGAACCUCUAUUUGGUGACUUGAAUGGCUAUCAUGGCAUUUCUCAGUCCAGCUCAGCUCUUAGUGUUGGAAAAACAGAAGGUUGGAAUUUUCCCUCAGUGCUUGAGAAAGCGACCAAGCAGAAGAUGGAGGCUGCCCUCACUGAAGAGCAUGUGUCCUGUGUCCAAGGCAUCUUGGAUGAGUCUCUCCAUAAAUAUGGCAGCCUAAUCCCUAUACAUUCUGAUGACAUUGUAGAGCAACUGCAGGAGAUCUUCAAUGAGAAUUUCUCGCAACCUCACAGGAAGGCAGAGGUGCAACAGAUAAUCCAGUCCUACCAGCGCUCCCCGGGUACAAGCAUGGUGCGAGGGUUCAGUGUGAACUACAAGCGCCAUGUCCUGACCAUGGAUGAUCUCAGCACCCUUUAUGGGCAGAACUGGCUUAAUGACCAGGUUAUGAACAUGUAUGGGGACCUUGUAAUGGAUACAGUUCCUGACAAGGUUCAUUUCUUCAACAGUUUCUUCUAUGACAAGCUCAGAACUAAAGGUUAUGAUGGGGUUAAGCGGUGGACAAAAAAUGUUGAUAUCUUCAGCAAGGAUCUACUCUUGAUUCCUAUUCAUCUGGAAGUGCAUUGGUCACUAGUGUCUGUGGACAUUAAGCAACGGUUCAUCACCUACUUUGAUUCCCAGCGAACUCUUAACCGUCGCUGUCCCAAGCAUAUUUUUAAGUACCUCCAGGCAGAAGCUAUCAUAAAACAACAGAGAGAUUUUCUCACAGGGUGGAGAGGCUUUUUCAAAAUGAAUGUAGGCCGACAGAAUAAUGACAGUGACUGUGGGGCAUUCGUUCUUCAGUACUGCAAGUGUCUGGCAUUGGGACAGCUCUUUAGCUUCAGUCAGCAGGACAUGCCUAAACUGAGGAGAUUAAUGUACAAAGAGCUUUGCCACUGCAAGCUCUCACUGUGAUACUUAUGUCAAAGCAAUGCAGCCAGAGGAGGAAGAACAAAACAUCUGGAAACUUCCAUCUGUGUAAAAAAAAAAAAAAAAAAAACAGGACAUUGCUGGACACUGCAUUAUCAAACCCACUUGUUUGUUUUUGUUUUGUAUCAGUGUUACUUUCUUGUGCUUGUGGUGGCCAAUGUCUUUUCUAAUGGCUGCUUUGUUGAAAUGUGGCAUUUUAAUGGGAGCCAUUUUGGACUCUUGCAAGAGGCUUCCAAAGUGUUUUCUAUGAUUUUGCCUCCGUCUGUAAAGGUGUUACAAAUCUUUUUUUUAAUUGUGGGGAAGUGUCAUGUUACUCAGAUGUGCAAGCAUAAUCAUAUUUCACUUUUAUUUUUCAAUAAAUCAUGCCUUAUGAAAAUGAA